AUGUUUUUCAGCCUCUCUUGUCAUUUCAGAACGACGAUCAAAGCAAAAUCGAAACAUACUCUUCCUCUUAAUGAUAGUCAGCCAGCAAAAAGACCUCGAGGUCGACCUCGACGUGCUCCAAUUGCAGCUUCUCCAUUACGAGCCUCUCCUCGGAAAUCGCAGCGCUCACCACGAUAUUCCCCAUUCAAGCUCGGUCACCCUCACCCUUCGCAGCGUACCCCUCGCAAAUACCCGCCUGGAUCUUCCCCUACAAUGUUGCGCAAUCCUGCGCUUCGGCUCAGCCCGCCCUCACCAUCAUUACGAAGACAUACAGGUUCCACGCGUGGGCUUGCCCGAGGUGGUAGGAUGGGUGGCAUAAGUGGUAGCAUGAGUGGUGGCACAGGUGGUGGCAUAAAUAGCUACGAAACCGAUUUAAGAGUUAAAGUUAGCGUUGUUAGCAAACGCUCCGUUUACGAACACAAAGAGCAUCGUUGUCCUUAA